AUGACGUCUGAACAUGUUGUCUCCACUAUUUUGGAAAAUGUUGACGGAAUAACUAACUUAGCCCAGCGAGCUUUGAAAAUUAAGGAUGAAGCUAAUCAGUUUUUCCACGAUCAGGCAUACGAUGUUGCCAUUGAGCUGUAUACGAAAGCAAUCGAAUUGGAUGAUCAGCAAGCCUUGUUUUAUGGCAAUCGGAGUAUGGCUUAUUUGAAAAAAGAAUUAUAUGGCAGCGCGCUAGAAGAUGCAAAUAUGGCCUUGAAACUAGAUCCUAGUUAUACGAAGGGUUAUUAUAGGCGUGCGACAGCCUAUAUGGCUUUAGGGAAAUUGAAACUUGCUCUAAAGGAUUAUGAUACGGUACGUAAAACAUUACCAAAUAAUGUUGAUGCUAAACAAAAAUAUGACGAAUGUCAAAAAUUGAUGCGAAAAAUAGCAUUUGAAAAAGCAAUAUCAGUGGAUCAUGACAAACGCAGCAUCGCGGAAUCUAUAAAUAUUGAUGCGAUUGAAGUAGAAGCAACAUAUGACGGGCCUGUUCUUGAAGAUGAUAUUACGUUAGAAUUUAUGAAACAACUAAUUGAAACAUUCAAAGCAGAAAAGAAACUACACAGAAAAUACGCUUAUAAGAUACUUCUAGCAAUUAGGCGAAUGUUUGGUGAAUUACCAACGCUUGUAGAAAUCACAGUACCGCCAGGAAAGAAAUUUACUAUUUGUGGUGACAUUCAUGGACAGUUCUAUGAUCUGUGUAAUGUGUUUGAUUUAAAUGGGUUACCUUCAGAAACGAAUCCAUACCUUUUCAAUGGUGACUUUGUUGAUCGCGGUUCGUUCUCGGUUGAAACGAUAUUUACUUUAUUCGGAUUUAAACUUUUAUAUCCAGAGCACUUUUUUAUGUCACGAGGUAAUCACGAAAGUGACGUAAUGAACAAAAUGUAUGGUUUUGAGGGUGAAGUAAAGAGCAAAUAUACAACUCAAAUGGCAGAUUUCUUUACGGAAAUCUUUGAUUACUUACCGCUUUGUCACUUAAUCAAUAAUAAAAUAUUUGUUUGCCAUGGAGGUUUAUUCAAAGAUGACAACGUUACCAUGAAUGAUAUAAAAAAAACAAAUCGGGUCCGUCAACCACCGGAUGAUGGUAUAAUGUGUGAUUUGUUGUGGUCUGAUCCUCAAGACUUGGAGGGUAGGUCAGCAUCGAAACGUGGAGUUGGUUGCCAGUUUGGUCCUGAUGUGACACAUAAGUUUUGCGAGGCAAAUGGUAUCGACUAUGUUGUAAGAAGUCAUGAAGUGAAGCCGGAAGGAUAUGAAGUUCAUCAUGAUGGUAAAUGUAUCACCGUAUUCAGUGCACCAAAUUAUUGUGACACUAUGGGAAAUAAAGGAGCAUUUAUAACAAUAAGAGGUGAUAAUUUAACGCCGCGUUUCACUUCUUUCACUGCAGUGGAUCAUCCUUCAGUAAGGCCGAUGGCAUAUGCGAGCAGUUUAUUUGGUUUUUCAUAG